CUCUCUUCUUCUUCUCUCUCCAUCUCUUUCUUUCAAAGACAUACAUCCCUUUCUCUAACAAGCCCUAUAGGCCAACAGUCUAACGAUUUUAUAAGAUAUAUUUUUUUUCAUUGCUCUUUCCUACAUUUAAUAUAACUCGCCAUGCUCGAUUUCAGGUCACACAGACUCCGCCCAUAUGAACUCAACCCUGUGUCACGUCGUUCACGGCAACCAGGAUCUCAUCGAACAACCUCAUUAUCAUCAUCAUCAACAUCAUCACCAUCCAUUCAUGGAUACCAAUCCACCAUGGCUCUUCGCUAUUCAUCUAGACAACGACUCCGACUUUUUAGGAAUACACACAAACAACAUUUUCAACAACAAGAAGUACACAUGCUAGAGCAACCAAAUGAAGGCCAGGAGAUUGAUGUCAUGGGAACUACUAUGGCGAUGGAUACCUCUGUGGAUGCUGAUGUUAAUACCAGUAAAGAUGAGGACAUUGAACUGGAAAUGAUCCAGGAACCAGCCAUUUUCCGUCUAAGCCAAGAAUUACUUGCAUUAAUAUUUCAUUACGUCUAUGUCACACCAGUUGUCCUUCGUCCUGAACAACAUUCGGGGGAACUGAAUUCUAGUCAAACUUCAACUACGUCAUUGACACACUCCUCUUCGUCUACAUUCCAUAGUACAACAAAUGAAACAACCUCGACUGCAUCAACAACAGCAACCACAUCAACCAUCACAACAACGUCAGAGCCCUCUCGAACGAACCGACGCAAUAAGAGGGAUAAGAGAAAGAGUAUAGCGUGUAUUCAGAAUGACCUUCCAUCUGUUUUGGCCCUUUGUCUCACCUGCCGCACUUUCUACCCCCAGGCCAUCCGUUUGCUUUGGCGACAAAGGACCCUGGCCAGUUAUGAUGAUUUGAUUGAGUUUUAUCGAGCAAUUGAUUUUUCUGCCUCUCUCCGGAGGAGACAACAAAAGCAACGGCAGCUGGAACAAGAGCAGCUGCAACGGUUAGGUAUGGACUAUUCAACUGAAGAAGGGUUGUUCAAUAAUGAGGCCGCCCUUAGGAUCAAGUCUCUGACCCUGUUAGACAUGUCUUUCGGAUCAUUCUUUUUGCCCUCAUUGCCCUCUCUGGCUAUGACUGCUUCAUCGACCGAUACCACUACGACAUUGACGUCCUCCAGUCAAUUUUUUGGAAGCAGUAGUAACAGUAAUAUGGCCCAAGGCAAUGGUAGUAACAGUCACCAUGUCAACGCCCUCAUGAGCGCUGGUGCGGGCUCUGAAUUACGCCAAGGUAUUGACGGUUUGAAAACUAUAGACGAGAAUAGCAUGAUAAUGGGCUUUGCCAAGGAUGACAUGAUGACAGUAUCAUCGUCCUCCUCCUCACCUACAUCGGGUUCUACAAGCAGAGGCCCUUCUUCCUCUUCGACUCAGCUUAAGAGACGAUCUCGCCAAAAGUCAACAUCCAUCUACAGUGAGUUGAUCUCUCCAAGACUGCUCCACACCAUCGCCAAUCACUGUUAUGCACUCGUGGAUCUAAAGAUUUGUAUGGACAACAAAUCUUUGGCAGCAGCGGGCUCGCCUACAUUUAUCCCCAACAGUACUGAGACUUCCAAGGUCCAGCCUAGUAUUCCCUUUUCCAUUAUUGCAGGGGCAUUGCUCUCAUUAAAGCGACUGACACUGAUGGGUGUUGUCUGUCAUCCUGGCCAGAACAAGACCGGAGCAGAACUAUUAUUGUUUGCACAGAAGUCCCAGCCCUUGGAGAGACUUUCUAUCCGAUCCUGUCGAGGAAUCAGCCUUGAGACCUAUAUUGAAUUCGCAGUUCGGUCGAACCGUCGUCUGUUAUCGGUGGAUUUUGAAGGGCUCGACUUUGAAUCAAGUGAGCAGCUGACAGAAAUGAUUUCGGCAUAUGCAGCCCACUGUGAGAACAUCAUGUCUAUCACGUUAUCCUGCCUUCACGGACUGGCCCUUGAUGGGAUGAUUGCAGCUUUGGCCUCGCACAAAUUGGAGGCGCUUCAAGAGCUUCAUGUAUUGGGUCAUGACUCUUUUCAUGCCCCGCAGCAACAGCAGCAACAGCAGCAGCAACAACAGGAACCGCAGCAGGAACCGCAACCGCAACCAGAACAACAGCAACAAGAAAAUAAUAAUCAUGAAAAUAACAAUCAAGAGGGCGCACAAGUUCCUAUGACCCAAAUGUGCCACCUUGCAGAUGCUAAUCAAGCCAUGGCCGACCUUGCUCAGUUGCCCCCUCAUCGCUUGACCCUGUACUGCCUUGGUAUCACAGACAUCGCACUAUUCCAGUUUCUCUGCAAGUCACCACAUCUCAUCGAUCUAGUCCUGAGCGAACCCACAACGAUCCUUCAUCUGCCACAAUUCCAAACUUUUGUGAAAUCGGUUCUCCCCUCACCUUCAUCCCAAUCUCAAGCUGAGCAACCCUCAGCAAUGGAAGAUGAAGAGAAUCCAUUCGGUCCUCCGGUUUCCUCAACAGCAACAGCGACACCCUUCACAAGUGCUGGAUUCUUGAACCUGAUUUUGGCUCGAUGCUCCUGGCUCAAGUACAUGUUCAUGAAACUUUCACUCGAGACUGCACAGGAAUGGAUUGUGCAGCCUUGUUUCAAGGAGGCAGGAUUGGACAAGUGUUUGUACCAGUACCGAACAGCGACAGGAGCGCCUGCAGUCGUAAUGAUGUGGGAUACUCGUAAUAAGGUCAAUGCCACACUCACUAGGUCGUAA